AUGUUCAAGGUUUUCAAAGCCUCAGGCAUAGAAGGAAAUCAUCAGCUCUCCAACAACCCUACCUUUAUAAACGGUCCAUGGAGUGUCUACGCAGCAAAAAACAAAAGUACUAAAAAGAAAUGCUCAGUGUUCAUUUUCAACAAAAAGCAGUUUGAAAGUAAUCUUUCCAGGUCCGGAUUAUUGAAUAACAGAAACAAGCAGCAAAUACUGAAUGACUGUUUCAACGUGCUUCAACAAUACGUUGCCAAUCUGAUGAAGUUUAAACACCCAAACAUUUUGAAUGUCUUGGAGCCGAUGGAAGAUCACAAGUCCAAGUGUUUAUUUGUUACAGAAUACGUCAUCAGUGAUCUAGAAGCAUUCACAAAAGAGAGACUAGAUGAUACCCCUGUUGAAGAGAUUAUCGUAACGAAGGGACUGCUUCAAAUAUCGAAUGCUGUCAAAUUUCUUCAUGAGAACCAGAAUCUUUGUCACUUGAAUAUUCAGCCGAACACAAUCCUGAUAACGGAGAAUUUUGAUUGGAAGUUAAGUGGCUUUUCUUUCAUACAACCAUGUGAUAGUUCUAAGGAUUUUUUUCUAGAUACCUUCGAUCAGAGAAUGCCCAUGUUCACGAAUGUCAGUUUCAGAUUCAGUUCCCCUAAUCUAAUUUUGAACCACAAGCUGGAUUAUUCAAAUGAUCUCUUUUCACUUGGGUUGUUGAUACAUUAUUUAUUCAGUGCUAAAUCUUUACUGCAUACCGAUAACACAUUUCAGGAUUAUGAAACCGAGAUUAAGAGGUUAAACCAUCUUUUAAAAUCUUCAUCUGCUUUAAACAACCCGGAAUUUCGUCAUAUCCCCCAGAAUCAUAAACAUCUGAUGAUUCUUCUUCUGAAUCAACAAUCGACGAGCGAUAAUGCUAUUGAGCUAGAAGAUUCUGUAACCAUCGACACGGUCAUCUCCGACCAGAUAUUUCAAAGUGAGUUGAUAAAGAUAUUAAACUUUGUGGAUGAACUUCAGGCUGCCACCGUGGAGGAAAAGUGUAUUUUCUUGACAACUUUGAAAGCUCAUUUACAUCAGUUUCCAAAGACGUUACUUUUGAAUAAGUUUGUACCAUUAUUGACGUCUACACUUUUGUCCCCCUACCUUUCAACUUCAAUGUCAAAGAAAAAUCAAACUCCUAAGGUCCAGUUGUCUGCAGAGGAAGAGCGUCUUAUUGUUUUGUCACUGGAGAAUCUAUUUCUGGCUUCAUCACAGAUUUCGCAACUAUCGUUUUCUGAAAAUGUCUUCCCAUAUUUGGAACAAGUCUUGGCUCUUAAUUUGGCUUCAGCAAAUGUAGCCCUGGCAAAAGGAAUACCUUUGGUCGAGUCAAAACUGGGUCUUCCUUCUCAAUCCUCUUAUAAAGAUAGUUACACUAAAUUCCAGGUUUCCUUGUUCCAUAAUUCAAUGGACACUUCCGAAAUUGAACCCCAGGAAGCAGUAUUGAGUACCCUUAUCGAUUUCAUCAAGUAUCAGCCUUACCAUACUAUAAGCCAGAAAUUUCUUCCAAUGAUAUCUGAACAAUUCGCCAAAACUACUUCUUUCAAAGUCAAGAAUUUGACAAUUCAUGCGUUUAUAACCCUCAUCACAUUUGAGCCUAAUCCUUUGGAUGACUUUGUUAUUGUUGAAAAGAUCCUGCCAAUAGUGCAAGCAACAUCAGUAAAAAACUUCAACAAUGUGUCGAUCUUGUCAAACGUGAUCAAUCUUUAUCAUGUUAUGUUUGUCAAACUAUCUGAGACUUUGACAUCCUUUGGUUCUGAAAAAAUGGAUUUGGGAGUAAUCAUGGAACGAGUUCUUUUUGAAUUGUGGAAGCUACUUAGAUAUGUGCCGGACAAGAAAGAAGCUGCAAAUUUGAAGAGCAUUUUGGAUCAAAUCCAGGCGUUUGUUUUUUCAAAGGCAAUUUCAAGCUUGCCAGAGGAGAUACCCAAGAAAGCACAACCCAAUCAAAGAAUUCAGGAUGACACAGAAUUCGGGGAUUUUGACAGUAAUGUUGUAGACUCCAAGCAAAGGCAUGGCUUGGCUCAACAAGAUGGCCUACGAAGUUCAACACAAAACAAGAAUUUAACAUUAGAAAAUAUACAUUCGAACUUCGUUCCCGUUACUCCGCCCACAUCUACUAUCUUAAAUCCUAAAACUCCAUUGGUACUCAGGCCAGAUAGACCAAAUCCUAAUGGGACGCUGGAGAUUAGGAAUACUGUAUCUAACUCUCCAAUCCCUGCAUCGACACCUCAGAUUGACUGGAGUGCAUCGAGAAAUGCAACUUUAGAGCCAGAAGCCCAAAAACUGCCACCCGGUUUCUCCGCAGGAAUCAUUCAACCAAAUCGAGUGAAACCAAAACCAAAAAUUGACGAUCAAAGAUUAAUCUAG